CUUCCAUCCACUAUAAAGAGAUCGAAUACGCUCGGAAAGCGUUGAGUUUACGUCAUGCUUCUAGAUUAAAAGAAAAGAAGGUGGUAGUUGUUGCCAAUACAGUAGCUAUUUAUUUUUCACAGCUCUCAACUCACCCCAAUUGUUGAUACCUGGCCAAAUUAUCAGUCGUACUUCCGAAGGCUCCGGAUCCGCUGAAUGCAUAUAUUAUCAUCAUCGAUACAGUUGGGGCUAUUUACUCUAUGCCAAUCCCUUCGACAUGUCCUCCUUCUCCGUUGUUCACCUCCCCAACGGCCUUUCUCUCUCCAUCACCCCUGUUUUUGGGGGUAUUUCGUUUAAACUGAAUGAAAUAGCGGUUAACGCAUCCGUCCUGCCUCCCGGCUGGACCAUUGUCAUUCAGACGGAGAAGAAUCACUGGAAUUCCCAGCAGGAAAACUUAUCUCCCUUGCAAUGCUGCACACCCAGCGCAAUUCCCCCUGGAGAAAUAUCAACCCCUCCAAGUGAAACCACGGAAGACGAGAACGAAGACGAGAACUCAAAAGAGGGAAACCAUCAUAGCCGUUUCACAACACCCACUCUGAAUAGUGAUUCCCUAUUCAUCUCAUCAAUUUCCCUUCCCUCCGCCAGCAAUUUUAAACCAGCCACUUCUCCGACUCGACAAAUCGCAAUGUUGCUAUAUUCAACCCUUUGGUGGUAUUUUCACCAACCAGCUCCAAAUCCGCAGAUUUCAACCGAGGAAUCUAAAGUAACCCCGGAUUUAGGAAAGCCGAAGGGAGAAUGGCGCGUUUAUAUCAGGCUUCAGGGAAUAUUUAAAGGAAAACAUCUCAUGCAGAAGUUGGAGCGGAUGGGCUUGGUCAGAACUACUGAUUCUUUCGUUGGCUGUGUGCCGGUUGGCUUGCAUGAUUCUCCUGGGUGGGCGAACAUGUUUGCCAGCCGUCGCACCUUCUGGCAAAUUGAUCCGCGCAUUUUCCUCUUCAAGCUGUCUCCUAGGAAUAUAACUCCCCGAGCGUCCGAGCUUCCAGGUAACCUCGGCGGAGACUCUGUCACUUUAACCAAGGAUAUGUGCGGUAGCGGGCCUUUCAGCCUGUCAGAAUGCACGAGCUUUGGUGUCCCAAGUAGAUACGGCGAUCCAUUUGCUUCUGGAAGUAAUUUACCUACUUUUUUUCCGCCGCCUCCUUUGGAAUUCAUCUCCACGAAUGGAAUACUCCACCCACUCCGCCAAAAGCCGCCUCAACAAGGUGAAGUGUUUUACACCCGCUAUAUUCCCAGUUUGGGGCAAACAUUGUCAUUCCGAGUCCCGUCCUUACCUUCCAACGUACCACCCACCCUGAACGACCUGCCAAUUUCCCACAAAAAGUCCGGGAGCGCCACUUCAAUAUCUCCCUCAUCAAGUUCCGGGGCUACAUCUCCGGGUGGAUAUCCUUCUGAUCUCGCGCUCUUGUCCAGAUGGAUGAAUAAUCCUCGAGUUAGUAGGGCUUGGGGCCUUGCUGGGCCCCAAUCGGUCCAAGAGAACUUUCUCCAAACUCAGCUCAACUCCCGACAUUCGUUCCCUGCCUUCGGCUGUUGGGACGGCCGGCCGUUCGGAUAUUUUGAAAUUUACUGGGUAAAGGAGGAUGCACUCGGACGUCUGUUACCUGGGCCGGUGGGCAACUAUGAUCGGGGCAUUCAUUGUCUGGUAGGAGAAGAGGAAUUUAGAGGCCCUCACCGUGCGCCUGUUUGGCUCUCAUCAUUGGUUCAUUUCUGCUGGUUGGCCGAUAAUAGGACGGAUACCAUAAUGAUGGAGCCAAGAGUCGAUAAUACGAAGAUUAUUUCCUACCUUCAGGCUGUGGGUUUUAGCAAGGAUGGCGAAGUGACCUUUCCGCAUAAACAAUCCGCUUUGAUGAGGAUCAGACGCGAAAAUUGGGAAGCUCCCUUACUCUAACGCUUGAGCUAUACUUCCCCCACGCCUUCCAGCCUCAACCUCAAAACAUUGGUAAAUCCUGUUCAAGAGGUAAGUAAUGGAGGGAUAGGUAAUCGAAUACCAGCGGCUAUAGCCUCAGGCAUAGCCAGCCAUCGGCGAUUCUUUACAACGUCCUGUAGUUUUGUAUUUAAUGAGAACUGCGAUGAUAUAUUCGGAAGCGUGCGAUUUUACGCGCUUGGUAUUAUACCUAUUUCGCUCAUCGCCUUCCGUGUGCUUAGUCACUGGUCUAUACCGAGUGGGAUACCAUCUUAAAACACACUCCAUCUUUACUACUAAAAUUUCAAGUAGGAAGUUUUAUUCUCAUGUUUAAAUUGAUACUGUACAAUUAAAUGCUAGUACGACAAGCCGCCUUCACUUUAUUCAUACUUUGAUUUUGCACAUUGAAUCUUGAGUUGAAUUUUUCAAUUAUAUUU